AUGCGACCAUUCAAAGACGAUACGAAGCGGCGAGUGGAGCGGAAACUCAGCGGAAACAAGCAGUCCAUAUCGAGGAGCAUGUUUUCAAGCUCCUUCCCGGAACGCCUAAAAGAAGACCAUGAUGAUUCUCAGAUGGAUUAUACAGCUCCACCGGGUGGCGGCAAGUCUGGAGACGGAUUGCAGUACAUGCACCAAUCUUUAUUGUCUGUGAUUGCUACAGUAGGUAGCCGCACCGAGUCCGGUGCGCGCAUCGACAGCUCUAGCGAUAGCGAGGAAGAUACCGACAAAAAAACCUCCCAGCCGUCUGGGAAAUCUUCAGGCAAACAAAAUACAGCGUCGUCGGAAAUGGGUGGAACUAAACAAGUACCUUCGGCUCCAGAAACGAGGACUAGCUCGAAGGAACGCGGCCGCCGCCACCGGAGGUCAAUAUCAGACCAUAAGCUCUUUCGGCCUUUCAAAUCGGGGUCCAUCAAUCAGGAUAAGGAACAUGAUAAAUCAUCAAUAAGCGGCAGGCUAUCCCCGCUCCCGGCUCUCCCUCGACCACGCAGCGCGACGCCUCGAGCCGCUCCUAUCUUGAGCCGCAUGGUCGAGGCGCGAGCACUUUUAGAUACGGAGACCCCGGAAGAGAGCUCACAGUCCUCUUCACAAGAAGAGAAGAACGAUACCAUUUCUCAACAAUCCGCGGCGUCUCCACUUUCUCUGCGAUUGAUGGAGAUGUUUCAUUUCGCUGCGCCCGAAAAGAUAGUCGUGGAAUACUCUUGCUGCUUACUACAAAGCAUGCUUUUGCAGGGUUACAUGUAUGUGACCGAAGGGCAUAUAUGCUUCUACGCCUAUCUCCCUAAAAAGUCCACGAUCGCCAUCAAGUCCGGCUAUAUCUAUAAGCGUGGCCGAAAGAACCCUACGUACAAUCGCUACUGGUUUUUAUUGAAGAAAGACGUUCUUUCUUACUAUACCGACUCAUCCAAUCUUUACUUUCCCAGCGGCCAGAUCGACUUGCGAUAUGGGAUCUCUGCGUCUCUCACCGAGUCCAAAGAGAAAGGAAGAGACUCGAGAGACUUCCAGGUCACAACUGACCAUCGAACAUACUACUUCAGAGCAGACAGUUCGACGGAUGCGAGGGAAUGGGUUAAAUCGUUGCAGAAAGUCAUUUUCAGGACGCACAAUGAGGGCGAAAGCAUCAAAGUCUCGUUUCCGAUUGAGAAGAUUUUGGAUAUAGAAGAGAGCCCCAUGGCUGAAAUCGCCGAGACGUUCAAAUUACGUGUCGUUGAUGAGGAGUCGUAUGCUAUUGAUGAGUAUUACUUUACCUUAUUCGAUUCAGGUCACGACGCGUUCAAUCUCCUAAAAGGCCUGAUUCGGAGCACCCCGACGAAGGAUUCUUCGCCCAGCAAAUCACCUUUACCAGACAACACAGCUCACCCUAAGAGGUCCCGUGGGUCACAAAGCAGGUGGUCUAUCACCAGUGGAGGUAAACCCCAAGGGACGCCGUCACGACGGCGCAGUGCGAGCACCGGCAUUCUGAGUGCCGAUACGGGCAUUGAAAAGUCACCACGGAUGAAGCAGCAGGAGUCAUCAACUUCGUUUGUUAACUCCAUAGACCAGAUCACUGAAUCAUCAGCAGUAUUGCAGUCAAUGACGGACACAACGGAGUCAGCGAGUCAGAUACUGAACCGGAGCGACGUAUUCCAUUCUCCCACGAUACAAACGUGGCAACGACGGACCUCCGAUGCGACAAAGCCUAACCGUCGCCGUUCAGACGAAAUGACCAGAUCAAUAACAGAGCACGCGCAUGAUGGGCUGUCUCGGACACGAGAAGACCUUUAUGCUGCUUAUAUUUCUGAGCAAGACUCGAAGGAUGCUUCUAAGCUCUACUCUCCGGCCACGUUGAACGACCUUGUUAGGGCCGGGUCGUACCCUCUUCAACGCGCUGCCGGGCUCGCAGAAUAUUUGAAGAGUUAUUCUAGGGAUAUGAGUACGUUAUUAGCAACCGAGUCCAUGAGCUAUCUGGAAAAGGUCUCCGGAAUGUGGGCUGGUGGUCGAAGGCAUUAUGGAGACCUUGAGGGCGUCCUACCAGACGACCGCGCAUUAUAUCCUGAAACUACAGAAGAAAGUAUGAGAGACGGAAACCGCUUCCGAGCUCAUUUUGCGCUGCCGCCGACAGAGAAACUUGAGGCGGCCUAUUUCGCCCAUCUGCACCGUGCACUUCCCCUCUAUGGGAAGAUUUACAUCAGCCAGAAUAGGGUUUGCUUUCGCAGCCUUUUGCCGGGCACGCGAACAAAAAUGAUACUUCCCCUUCAUGAUAUCGAAAAUGUGGAGAAGGAGAAGGGCUUUCAAUUUGGGUAUCACGGGCUUGUUGUUGUCGUUAGAGGUUACGAAGAACUAUUCUUUGAAUUCAACACCGCAGAUGCACGUGAUGACUGUGCCGUAACGAUAAUCCGGCAGCUCGAGCCUGUUAAGCUUCUGGUCGAGUCAGGCUUGUUAUCACAGCCGGAGAGCGAUGAGUCCGAGGCGGCACAAACGGAACACCGAAUGCUGGAAGAAGCCCGCUUGAAUGCUUCGACAGAGCAAACACUUCGUUCGCAACUCAGCGAAUCUUCUGAGCUUCCUUCUAUCUUUGACGACCCUCGCGCUUCCAUUGUUGAUUUCAAGCCACCCGAGCCUUUGUCAAUUACAUGCCUAACUAUUGGCUCACGGGGUGAUGUGCAGCCUUAUAUUGCUCUAUGCAAAGGUUUGCUUGCGGAGGGGCAUAAACCCAGGAUCGCAACUCAUGCGGAAUUCGGGCCGUGGGUCCGGAAACAUGGCAUUGAUUUCGCUCCUGUUGACGGCGAUCCGGCUGAGCUUAUGCGGCUGUGCGUGGAGAACGGAAUGUUUACUUACUCCUUUCUGAAAGAGGCCAGCGCGAAGUUUCGAGGUUGGAUCGAUGACCUUCUGUUGUCUGCAUGGACGGCCUGCCAGGGUAGCGAUCUUCUCAUCGAAUCUCCAAGUGCCAUGGCGGGAAUCCAUGUUGCCGAGGCUCUUAGGAUUCCAUAUUUCCGUGGUUUCACCAUGCCGUGGUCAAGAACACGAGCAUACCCUCAUGCAUUCGCGGUACCUGAACAUAGGAUGGGCGGUGCGUAUAACUAUAUCACGUAUGUGAUGUUCGAGAACGUCUUCUGGAAGGCCAUUUCUGGGCAAGUGAACCGUUGGAGAAUGAGCGAGCUAGGACUCAAGGCCACGAACCUGGACAAGAUGCAGCCCAACAAGGUUCCGUUCCUUUACAAUUUCUCUCCUUCAGUUGUGCCUCUACCCCUAGACUUCCCAGACUGGGUUCGGAUCACGGGUUAUUGGUUCCUCAGCGAGAGCUCUGACUGGACUCCUCCAAAGGAGCUCGCAGAGUUUAUCCAGCGCGCUCGAGAGGACGGGAAGAAGAUCGUCUAUAUAGGAUUCGGAUCUAUCGUUGUGUCGGACCCGUCUGCGCUGACACGAACAGUCGUCGAGUCGGUGCUGAAAGCAGACGUCCGCUGCAUCCUUUCUAAAGGAUGGUCAUCUCGUCUAGGCGAUCCAGCUAGCACGAAGUCAGAAAUCCCGCUGCCGCCUGAGAUUCACCAGAUUCAAUCCGCUCCUCAUGACUGGCUAUUCUCGCAAAUCGAUGCCGCAGCACACCACGGUGGUGCCGGAACGACCGGGGCAAGUCUUCGUGCCGGCGUACCAACCAUUGCCAAGCCCUUCUUUGGUGACCAAUUCUUCUUUGGUAACCGGAUCGAAGAUUUGGGGGUUGGUAUAUGCAUGAAGAAGCUAAACGUCAGCAUUUUCUCUCGCGCGCUAUGGACAGCUACCCAUGAUGAGCGUAUGAUUGUGAGGGCAAGGAAGCUCGGGGAGAGGAUACGAAGUGAGGAUGGCGUGGCCACUGCUAUUCAAGCGAUAUACCGCGAUCUCGAAUACGCAACAACGCUAACUCGACAGCGGUCCAGUAUUUCAUCUACGCCGUUCUCACCCACGCCAACAACAGGGAUGGCAGAUGAGAACGCGGAUGACGAUAUCGGCGACAUUGAAGAAUGGACCCUUGUUAGUGACGAAGAAGAUCUAGAUUUUACGAAGCGAGUGCGAGACAGAGCGGACGAUCACCCUGAACGACUUUUCCUGGGUGAUUGA